AUGGGCAAAGCCGGUCGUGCUAUUUGCAUCUUCACUCCCUAUGUGCUCACCAUCGCAUCGUUAGUAUGCAUUAUUAUGGUGGGCUUGGGCUGUACCAACUCUGGUUCUUCCACCCUCAACAACCUCUACUUCUUUAGGGCCGACUUGCAAAACUUCACCACUUCAUCCGAAACAAAAUCAAAAGUAUCCUCGCUUCUCAGCGAUGCCGGUAUCGAUGCUUCCAGCUCCAACCUGUCCUCCAUCAUGGACGAGGCUUCCGACCAGUUGAACCUUGCUGAUUUCUACACCGUCGGUCUCUGGGGCUACUGCGACGGAAAUGUCACCAGCAGCAACAAAUAUGACACCUCUUCCUGCUCCAAGCCCAAGGCCGCUUUCUACUUCAACCCCUUCGAAGUCUGGGGUCUGCAGAGCACCGGCGUCGAGAGCCAGCUUCCCGACGGCAUUGGCAAGGCCUUGUCCACCUACAAGAGUGUUUCCAAGUGGAUGUUUAUCGCCUAUAUCAUCGCCUUUAUCGCCACCAUUGUCGAGCUGGUCGUCGGUCUCUUCGCUAUCUGCAGUCGCUGGGGUAGCUGCAUCACCAGUCUGAUUGCCGGUGUGGCGUUCUUCUUCAUCGCUGCCGCUUCUGCCACCUCCACGGCACUCUUUGCCGUCCUGACUCCCAUGUUCAACGAGGAGCUCAGCUCUUACGGCGUCAAGGGCUCCAUGGGAAAGAACAUGCUUGCAACCACCUGGUUGGCCGUCGCCUUCUCUCUCGCCGCCAGUCUGUUCUGGAUCAUCAGCUCGUGCUGCUGCUCCGGUCGCUCGCCUUACAACCACAAGAAGGACACGUCCGGUGGUAUCACGGCUGAAAAGGCUCCCUACACCUACGAGCCUCUCGGUCCCCAGGGUCGUUCUACAUCUCCGUACGGCCCUUACUCGCAUGACACCUCGUACCCUCCGCCUCCUCCUACCCACGGAAACGCGAACGCUUAUGAGCCUUUCCGUCAUGCUUAA